AUGAUUGACCCUAGCACUAGCCGAAGCGAAGGUGACAUCAUCUUCGUAAAGAGAACAGUUUGUCAAGCUUCAGAUAUCAGUGUUUGGUCACUAAUAAGGUGGCAGUACCCUUAAUGAGAGAUUAAUUAUUAUAUUUCAGGUGACAACAGAGAGAUGGUUGUGUAAAUUUAAGGGUAUUGAAUCUUGAAAUAAGGUUUCCGAAGAUGACGUCACUAACGUAAACGAGCGACUUCGAGCCUGUGUUGAUGGUUGGAUUUUUGGUUAGAAAGGUAGGAUAAAGCAGUUCUGACUUAGGAGAAAACACGGCUCAGUAGGGCACAGAACAAUCGUAUGUGGAGUUCUCCGCAUCACCUGUGCCUUCAAAAUGGAUAGUGACGGGGAAAUGGUGAUUGAUGAAGCAGAAUCAGAUGACAUUUCUGAAGAAGAACUUCCAAUGGAAAUGGAACCUGCUGAAUCUUCGUCAACACAUGAGCGGCGCGAUGAUGAAGACUUCCACUACGAAGUUCUUUCAGCUGACCAGAUCGUCCAGUUUAUGGUUGAUUCUAUAAAAGAAGUUAAUGCUGUAGUUCAGAUUCCAACAACUAUUACUCGGAUUUUAUUAAAUCAUUUUAAAUGGGAUAAAGAGAAACUUAUGGAGAGGUACUACGAUGGGGAUCAGGAAAGAUUGUUUUCAGAGGCUCAUGUCAUCAGUCCUCAUCGUAGGGAUUUAAAACCUAGACGAUCUACAAGGUCAGCACCACCUGAUGAACGAGUGGAGUGUGAGAUCUGCUGCUACCCUGUUCCAAACACUGAAAUGACAGGACUGGAAUGUGGGCACAAGUUUUGUGCAAAAUGCUGGGCAGAGUACCUCACCUCAAAGAUAAUAGAUGAGGGCAUGGGGCAGACGAUAUCUUGUGCUGCUUUUGGUUGUGAUAUCCUCGUUGAUGAUGCAACUGUCAUGAAACUUCUUUGUGAACCCAAGGUGAAAUUGAAGUAUCAGCAAAUUAUAACCAACAGUUUUGUUGAAUGCAACCGGUUGUUACGCUGGUGCCCUGCACCAGACUGUGGCCAUGCUGUGAAGGUGACUUACUAUGACUCAAAGCCAGUCACAUGUGUAUGUGGCCACUCAUUCUGCUUUGCAUGUGGAGAAAACUGGCAUGACCCAGUCAAGUGUAUAUGGCUCAAGAAAUGGAUUAAAAAAUGUGAUGAUGACAGUGAGACGUCCAAUUGGAUUGCUGCCAACACAAAAGAAUGUCCCAAGUGCCAUGUAACAAUAGAGAAGGAUGGUGGGUGCAACCACAUGGUGUGCAAGAAUCAGAAUUGCAAGGCGGACUUUUGUUGGGUGUGUCUAGGACCGUGGGAGCCCCAUGGGUCAUCCUGGUAUAACUGUAAUCGAUAUAAUGAGGAUGAUGCAAAGAAGGCAAGAGACAACCAAGAGAAAUCAAGAGCUGCAUUGCAGCGUUACCUGUUCUACUGCAACCGUUACAUGAACCAUAUGCAGAGCCUUAAAUUUGAACAUAAGCUUUACACGGCAGUUCGAAGCAAAAUGGAGGAGAUGCAACAACACAACAUGUCAUGGAUUGAAGUACAGUUCCUCAAGAAGGCUGUGGAUGUCUUAUGCAUGUGCAGACAGACACUUAUGUAUACAUAUGUCUUUGCAUUCUAUCUACGCAAAAACAACCAGUCUAUCAUAUUUGAGGACAACCAAAAAGAUCUAGAAAAUGCUACUGAACAACUAUCAGAAUACUUGGAACGUGACAUCUCUUCUGACAUGCUGCAGGACAUUAAGCAGAAAGUGCAGGACAAGUAUAGGUACUGUGAAAGUCGGCGUAAAGUGUUGCUGGAUCAUGUGCAUGAAGGCUAUGAGAAAGAGCAGUGGGAAUAUCAGGAAUAUCUCUAGUUGCUUCCCUUCUUGCUCAAAUUCCUUUUUCUUCCUUGUUUCCACCACCACCACCUUCAUUUCCCCAGUCCCCCCGCACACCAUGUAUUCCUUUAGUUGCCUCCCCUUUGUCAUGUCAGGUAGUUGCUUUCUGGUGGCUUCAAGUCCACUGUAAGCUUGGCCUCUGAUAUUAUCCAGUGACCUGCAGCGCCAUUUCCUGUCCACUCCGUGCCAUAUGCAGGUUACUACAAUACGCCUAGCUCAUCCAGAUCUUCAUACUUGACAUGGCCCAUUUUGUGCUUGUGAAUAGGUCACCAAGGGGAAGGUCUGAAACAUCCAUUCAGUUCAAUGUGCAUACGUCCAUCUUGAAGCUAUAUAUUUUGAGUCACCCAGGGAACUUUUUGGAAAGAUGUUUGCCAUGUGUGUAUCGUCUUUCGCUAAAUAUUGGGCAUGGCUAUUUUAUUAACUGCGAUUAGGUUCGUGGUGAUUAUGCAUAUAACAGGACAGAAAUGCAAUGUGGUAUUGAUACAGAUCAGAGAUAUGAAUAAUUAUGCUCAGUGUUCUAGCAAAUUCACAAAAGACUUGACGAAGAAAUUUAAAUCCAAAGGCAUGUUAUUGCCCUACCCCAGCUCUUCUUCCUUCCCACAAUUUUUUUUUUUUUUUUUUAAUUUGAAAUAAACUGAAGUUUCUUUCUCAUCUUCUAAAGACUCUCCCCAUCUCUCUUUUUGCCUUUUUUGUUUGAGUUCUGUCUUUCCGUAUAUUGCUGAUAUCUUAAGACUGGUAAAAUAUUUUUGCUUAAUUUUUCAGUGACCUGAAUGUUUGAAAAAGUAGGGUUUCUUUUUUUUUUGCGUGAGUGAGACUUGACAGCCAUUACUUCAUACUUUUUCUGAUCUCUCUUAGAUGUAUGCUUGACUUCAAAUAUAUCCAUUUAUAUUGAGUCACAAUUUUCCAUGCCCUGAAAGACAAUGAAGAGAAAAAAACAUUGUUUCUUUAAAAAUCACUUUAAUACAGCCUCAGAGGCUAUGCAAACGUUUUUAAUUUUAGUUUGAAAUCAAAGCAUGUGCAUAAUUACCGCCAAUUGCAGACACAUAUUCUGCAAGUAAUGGAAGUAAAGAAGAUUAAACGAUUAUUAAUAAAAGACUCUUGUUACUAGUGACUGCAACUGUCUCAGCAUCAAGACAGCAUCUUUUUUGUUUGAAAGUAGAGACCUGUGUUUGAAAGUGAAGCAAUUGGUUUGUGUCAAAAGUUUUUUCUGUAGAUUUUUACCCAUCACCCCCUUCCAUUCCUAGUCAGGUUGAAGCAUGUUGGAAUGUUAGUGCUUAAUUUAAAACACUUUGAUAUCUUGACUUAUAUGUACCAAAAUUAAGUGAUAACUUUUGUAGUUAUCUCUUUACUUUUUUUCCUUUUCAAUUGUGAUUCUGAGCUUGAAGAUUUUAUACAAAAAUGUUUGUUUCAUUUGUUUUUGCCUUUGCAUGCUAUAUCAUGACAUUGCCUACAUUGCAUAGUCUUCCUAAGGAAACACUACACAUGAAGAUUAAUCAGUCUACUGGUGGGUUGUUGUUUUUUUUUAAUUAUAACAUUGACUAUGACCAGGGUCACUUGAUCAUUCCUAAUAAGCUAUAACAUUUAAAAAUUUGCAUUUUAUAGAUGUAGUUUAAAAUGUGGCUGAAAGUCGUCUGUAACUAGUUCUGAGAUUUUAGUCAGGUGACUUGGAAUGCCAUAGUGAAGGUUGCUUGUUUAAUCAUUAAAGUGUAUGUCUGUUUCACAGACAUGGUAUAGUGGUUCUGUGUGCUUAUAGUUUAGGGUCUAAUAAAUUUGGGACUAGUAAUGGAAGGGAAAAAAGUCAUGGCCAUAUGCAAAUAAAGAUGUUGAAACAUAUUUAAAAACCAUCACUACUUCAGAAAGAAUAUUUUUUUUAUAAACAAUGGCAAACAUUGGGUGAAGACUUAUUUCUAAUGGUAGUUCAUAAAGGUCGGAGAUGGGGCUAGCUUAAGGCAGAACAAUGGCUUAGAAUUUUUCAAACAUGCAACUAACAGUAUAAACCUGUAAUUUUGUUACUUUCAGGUGGUUUAUUAGUGAUUAAAAGAGAUUAUUUUGUGGCUUUAAUCAAAAAAGGUGAUUAUAGCACUUUAAUGUGUUCAGGUAUUACAGGUUUUCUUUAAACACAAAAGCAAGUUAAAAGCUAGGCUGUGUUUCUUAUUCAUAUUAACAAAGUCUUUCAGUUGGAUAUACCUCAGAGAAGUAUGGAAGAAAAGACUGUAAAAUGCGUAAGAGGGUGUUUUUUUUUUUUGUUUUUUUUUUUUUCUUCUGCUUCCCCUAACCUCCACAGAUUGUUACCCUUCCCUAAGAAAGUUUUCCAUUUUACAAGCUGUUCUCCAGCGUUCUGCUGUCAUUGUCAUUCAUUCUAGAGUCUAGACUAUCAACCUUAUCUCAAUCCUAGAAAUAUUUUUCCUUGGGACACCUGUGUAAGGAGCUAUUUCUUGAUGCACACAGAAAUAGCCCCUUGAUGGCAUUGACAUUGUUCCAGUCAGGAAGAAUCACUUGUCGGGUCAGUCCUUUCUUUCUGAAUGUUUUAGUUGCCUGCUGGUGUGUGUGUGUGCUGUGUCCUGUUCUUCUGUCUCUCCAUCCAGCAACAUCACCAUGAAGUCAUAUCAGCCAGUAUCACAACCUCAAGAGAGAUGUAGCAAUGUUUGUUGACAUUGAGCGAUUGUGUGUAAGCAAGAAAGGUGCUGUGUAUGUGAACAUGGCUUACAGAUAUGCACAUUGAACUGUAAGGAGUGUCCGUUAUGGUAGACUAAAGGUGCUUCACAUGUUCAUUUUGGUUAUAGCAAUGCCUGAUUUUUUUCUCUGACUGUGUAACAUUAUGUGUUGGUUUGCUUGUCUGGGGCAAAGAAUGUUAAGUGGCUAUUUUAAACUAUUAAAGGCUGCAAUUUCUGGAUGGAUAGCUAGCAAUCAGUUUUCCAGGACAGAACAAGCUCAGCUUUCGAGGGCUCUGAUUUUAUCUUGUAAAUAAUAAAAAAAAAUAAUAUUCUGUUACAUUUUACGUCCAUGUUUUUCUUAAUCUUUAGUUAUUUUGGUGAACAAAUCAGUUCAGGUAUCACACAGGUGAUAUGUAUGGGAAACAUUUAAAUAAAAACACUUAAAGAAAAAUAUUUUGAAAUACUUUUUGCUAGUAGUUUUUUUUUAAAAUGCAAAGUAAGUGCAUUGGCAACAAAAAUAAUUUGUAUUUAGAAAUUUAAGCAAAGGACUUGAUGUUUUUUUAUCAGUCUAAUUAUGUUUAAAAGAAAUUAAUAUAUUGAGUCAGCUAUGGGCUUUUAAAGCAUAAGCGAUUAUUUCACUACAUUUAUAUUUAGUGUCUGGUAUUUUAGUAUUAUCUUUAAUUCUAAUUUAUGAUAAUGUGUUAGUAUAGGGAUGAUAAAGAGGCAUGCAUUUCUUCAUCCUUGUCUAAUGCAGAAUGAUGAAAAAAAAAACUUAUCAUAAGCUGACAUAAAAGUCUUUCUAGUGUGCUAUGCUGCUUUAGCAGCUCAAAUUUCGCCAUCACGAACCAUUUAUUUAUUCUAAAAGAAAACAGUUUGCAUGUCAUUCAUUUAAUUGAAGUGGGCCAGUCCAACAAGUAUAGUUGAGGAUUUUGAUAGGAAGUGAAUGUAGAGAUUUUCUUAUUCUUCCUGUUGCCAGUUUGACAUGGGGUAGGUUUAUGUUGCUUUGUUUUAUGAAGGGGAAAAGCUUACACCACUAUGAAAGAAGCUUAUCUUAGAAACCAGUGGCAGAAUGGUGGUAAUGUUCAUGAGAACGAAAGGGUUGGGGCAGAAGAAAAAUAUUGAUCCUGUGAUGCCACGCUGAUGAAAAUCCUCAAUAUUUUAUUGCAGUUGGAUUGCUUCUUAUUAUGUUUAUGCCAGGUUAUAAGUCUGCCCCACACGUCCACGUCCCAGAUGUGUUCCACGUAUGCUUGUGGCUUUCCAUUAAAUUAUCGAUGAAGUGCUGUUUGUUUCAAUUCAGAUGAUUUGAGCAGGGGUACAUGCAUGUAUAUAUGCUAGCAACAGCGUCAGAAAAAGUCAUAGUUGUACAUACUGCAACUCUGUGUGGAAAGUUUUGAUAUAAUUGUGCUUGUAUGUUAACCUCAAAAUGUGAUUAAAUAACAGUGCAGGACCUGC